GUGCCCGUCAUUCACAGUGCAGGCAGGCUGCUGUGGUGGAGCUAAACUCGCUUCCCAACUCCUUUCACCUCUGCUAAACUUUGUUUGGAAGGUGAUCGGGAUCGAGACCAAUGGAUAACAAGUCAUCGAGGAGUUUGGCUCAUAGAAUAAUCCUGAACUGGGAAAGCUGGUUGGCUUAAAUUGAAAGAAAAAAAAGUUCAGAGUGAAGUCGUCGACAAAAAGAAUCCGGAUACGCGUCGCUGUCGUUAUUACGUUUCCAGAUCCAAAAUGUCCGUCAGUAGCCACGAAAACCGAAAGUCUCGCUCCAGCUCGGGCUCGAUGAACAUCCACCUCUUCCACAAGACGUCGCACGCCGACAGCCUUCUGACCCAGCUCAACCUGCUCCGCAAGCGAAAGGUCUUCACCGAUGUGGUCCUGAAGGCAGGAAACCAGGCCUUCCCCUGCCACCGGGCGGUCCUUGCCUCCUGCAGUCGCUACUUUGAGGCCAUGUUCAGCGGCGGACUGAGGGAGAGCCGCGACGCCGAAGUCAACUUCCACGAUUCUCUGCAUCCGGAGGUGCUGGAGCUGCUGCUGGACUAUGCCUACUCGGCCCGGGUCAUCAUCAAUGAGGAAAAUGCAGAGUCCCUCCUGGAGGCUGGUGACAUGCUCCAGUUCCAUGACAUCAGGGACGCGGCGGCAGAGUUUCUAGAAAAGAACCUCCAUCAGUCCAACUGUCUGGGGAUGAUGCUGCUGUCAGAUGCCCACCAGUGCCAGAGACUGUACGAGCUCUCGUGGAGGAUGUGCCUGGCCAACUUCGCCACCCUUUACAAAACCGAGGACUUCCUGAACCUUCCCCGAGACAAAGUGCGGGAGUUGAUUCUUAGCGAGGAGCUGGAGGUUGAGGAUGAGAGUCUGGUGUACGAGGCCGUCAUCGACUGGGUCAAAGCCGACAUGGAGCAGCGUCACAGCGAGCUGCCCGAGCUGCUGCGCUGUGUCCGCCUGGCGCUUCUGCCGGAGACGUACCUGCUCAACAACGUGGCCUCGGAGGAGCUGGUCAUGUGCCACAAGGUGGGGCGGGAGAUCGUGGAGGACGCGGUGCGCUGCAAGAUGAGGAUCCUGCAGAACGAUGGCAUCGUGACGGGAUUUUGCGCCCGGCCCAGGAAGGUCAGCCAAGCCUUGCUGCUGCUUGGCGGACAAACCUUCAUGUGCGACAAAGUCUACGUGAUUGACAACAAGACCAAAGAGAUCACCCCCAAAACGGACAUCCCGAGCCCCAGAAAGGAGUGCAGUGCCUGUGCCAUCGGCUGCAAGGUUUAUGUCACUGGGGGGCGUGGCUCUGAGAACGGCGCCUCCAAAGACGUCUGGGUCUACGACACUUUGCAUGACGAGUGGUCCAAAGCGGCGCCCAUGUUAGUCGCCAGAUUCGGACACGGGUCAGCGGAGCUGGACCACAUCCUUUACGUCGUGGGAGGACACACUUCUCUUGCGGGAUCCUUCCCCGCCUCCCCAUCCGUGUCUCUCAAACAGGUGGAGCAGUACGACCCUCAAAGCAAUAAAUGGACGCUGGUGGCCCCGCUCCGAGAAGGCGUGAGCAACGCCGCUGUCGUUGGUGCCAAAAACAAGCUGUUUGCCUUUGGAGGCACCAGCGUCAACAGAGACAAAUACCCCAAGGUUCAGUGCUUUGAUCCGUGCCAGAACCGGUGGUCCGUCCCGGCAGCGUGUCCGCAGCUUUGGCGCUACACAGCGGCGGCGGUGGUCGGGAACCAUGUUGUCGUGAUCGGGGGCGACACUGAAUUCUCCGCUAGCUCCGCGUACCGCUUCAACAGCGAGACGUACCAGUGGUCCAAGUUCGGCGACGUGACGGCCAAACGGAUCAGCUGUCACGCGGUGGCGUCGGGAAACAGACUAUACGUCGUCGGGGGGUACUUUGGGGCUCAGAGGUGUAAGACGCUAGACUGCUAUGACCCGUCGUCGGACUCUUGGGACAGCGUGACCAGCGUUCCCUACUCGCUCAUUCCCACCGCCUUCGUCAGCACAUGGAAGUACCUGUCAGCCUAGAGACACGUGGACGCCUUGAGCUUCCCACGAUGGUGACCACGGCAACCAGGAUGAGGAGCACGUUUGUUCCCCGCUGGGAUUCCUGACGUCCUUGGACUGUGGACCCGACUCCAUUCCUGGAACGUAAAAGACUGAAAGAGCGUCUUUCCCCCCCCCCGCCGGAUGUGUUUACUCAGCGCGUCUUUUUGUGUGACUUUCCCAUGCACCCCCUCCACCCUCACCCCCGUGGAACAAGCACAGCCAGGAGGGAUGUUUAACUUGCUGCCUGCAGUGGGACCCGUUUACGUCAACACCCCCUCAGUGACGACCAAGUCGUGAAGCGCCGCUGAAGUCGACGUCCGCGCUCCACCGCUUCUGUCACAUAAAACGUGGGCGCCAACGGGCUCGUUUCUAUGAAACGUGUUAUCAGCGUCGUCAUGAUCGCUAAGCAGCGCGAAACCACAACAGCCACACUUCCUGUUCAGUGCAAAAUAAGCUGGUAGGAAAAAGCCCGGAUUCCUGUCACAGACGCCAACUGCAUAGACACAGUUCAUGUUUUGGUGAAAGAAAAUGGCUGCGGUACCUCCUGUUCUUGCCGUUAAUUACCCAAAUUUCUAGUGUACAAGCCGCUAUUUUUUGCUUAACCUUUGAACCCUGCGUUUUUGCAGCGGCGUGGCUAAUUUAUGACUAAGUUCUAAUCUCCUUUGCUUCACUACUGCUAAUUGUUUGAAUACUGUGCCACUUGCGAGUCGGCGAGGAAACGCUGGCUCUUUCUUUAGCAGGAGCCAAUCACGAGCUACCAGUGCACUCACGGCGAGCAUGUCCACCCAUUGGAAAUGGUCGGAGGUCAACGUCACUGUUAUGUACUCAAUAUAACAGUCUGACUCACGGUGUCAUCUUCCAAAGAACGCUAAAAUCAUCACACAGCAACUGAACACUCAAAAGGUAGCUGAGAUAUAUAUAUAUAUAUAUAUAUACAAACAAGUACCAAUAUGAGUUUAAAAUAAAAACCAGCAACUACUUUACCUGCUUCCCAUAUUGCAUUAUUCUCAGCAGAGCAGUUCAUUGGCCGAUGCCGCCAUGGCUUCCACCAGAGGGAGCGCUGGACGUUUGGUUUAUAGUCCGGUGUGGCUUAUAUAUGAACAAAUCCUUUCUCUGUAAAUUUAGUGGGUGCAUCUUAUACACUACGGUAGUUCCAGAAGGUCCACGAAAACCGGAGGGUGCAAAAACAGAAGCAAUUUUUCCCAUUAGAAAGUUCCAGACACCCAAAAAUAUGAAUUAAAAAAUAGCAUUAGUAGAAAAUAAGUAAAAAAUUAGUUAUUUCCUGAAUUCAAUAGUGUUCCUUUCUUUCUUUAUCAAAUUGCUGGCGCUGGCAACUUUCUUUGGCCCCAUGGCAUGUUGUUAUUUUGUACUUAUUCAGUACCAAAUAAGUAAAAGAUGUGUCAUUUCCUGAAUUAAAUCGUGUUUCUCACCCUAUUUAUCAAAUUUCUGGCACUCACAACUUUCUUUGGCCCCGUGGUGGGUGGUUUAGCAGUCGCAUUCAGUAAAAAAUGAGUCAUUUCCUGAAUUCAAUAGUGUUUCUUACUUUCUUUAUCAACUUGUUGGCGCUUGCAACUUUCUUUGGCCCCGUGGCAGGUUGUUUAGCAGUCGCAUUCAGUAGAAAAACAUGCACGUGUGCUGCGCCACACGGUGAAGGCUGCGUGGUUUGGGCGCUCCAUUGGGCGGCGUGAUAAUGACGAGCUCUUCCGUGGCUUUAAGGGGUUCCACUGUGCUUCGAUUGAACUGCUGACUGAAUCCAUCACAGUUUUGCUGUGGAAGCAAAGAAGAAGAGAUUUUUUCGUGCCACUCCUUCCUGUCACUAUUCUUCCACCUUCCUCCUGAAGUCCGAAAAUAAGCUGGCGAGAGCGGCCCGUUAGCGGCGAAGGACAAGUCUUGUGUGCGCGUCUCAGGGUUGUGUAUAUUUUUGUACUGGUUUUUCAUCAUGUUCGCUUUGUAUGAAUGUAUCAUUUUCCUGACAAAAGGUUUUCCUGUUGUUGUUUAGAGAAGACGUUGCCGUGUUUUUGCAUUUGAAAGUGUGCUCCUUGUCACGGGCAGUCGGACUGAAAACACCAACACUGCCAAAACCUGACUGGUAAAACGUGUUAUUUAUAGCUACUGUAGGCUUCACUCAGCAUCUUAAAAUAGAUUUCAGUGGAUAGUUUGGAUAUUUUCUUAAUAAUAAUAAUAGUUUGUUUAUUUUAUUUUAUUUGCACAGUCUUCUUGAUCUUAACUUUAAAUCUUUGUCUUAACCCUGCGUUGGGUCGUGUGAAAUCUAUUUUCUAACUUAAUUGUGCUGAUAGUCUGUUACUUCCUCAAUAAAAGUCAUGUCUUCUUAGAACAUGUCCUCCUGUUUUUCUCUGGAGGUAAAAUCCUACACAAAUCACACACGUCGACAACAUGGUCGCAACAUGAGCCUGUGUGCAGAAGUACAGAAGUACAUCCUUUCAUGUUUCCUGGUUGAAAAUGGCCCAUUAUUCCUCAAUAACGUGCAUUUAAGCACAUUUCUAAUCCACCUUUUAAUAAUAGAAUUUCACAAGAAAACUAAUGGGGGGGGAAAAAGAAUUUACAAGAAUAAAUUCAAAAUAUUUGAGAGAAAAAAAGUUGUAAUCUAACUGUAAAAUGUAAAAGAAUCAUAAUGUGGGGCAAAAUGCCAUUUUAAAGUUGGAAUAUUUAAUUAUAAGUCUUAAUAUUAUGAGAAACAAAGACAAAUAAAGUUGAAAUUUUUGGAAAAUUAGAUUGUAAAAAAUUAUGUUACGAGAAUAAAGUCAAAAUAUUAUGUCAAAGUCAGAAUUGUGAGAAGAAUAUUUUACAAAAUGAAUGUUUGAAAAUUAACCAAAAAAAAUGUAAUUUUAUGACAAUAAAGUCAAAAUAUUAAGACAAAAAAGUGGUAUUCUGAUAAGAAAAAGGUCACAACUUCCCGAGAAUAAAGUCAUGAUAUUAUGAGGAAAUAUGUUAUUUUAGGAGCAUAGCGAUAUUGAAGGAAAAUAAUGUUUUUUUUUUAAAUGAACGUCAUAAUAUUAUGAGAAACAAAACAACAAAGUUGCCAUUUUUGGAAAAUUUGGUUGCGGAAAAUGUUAUGUUACGAGAAUAAAGUCAAAAUAUUCCGGCAAUAAAGUCAUAAUUAUGAGAAGAACAUUUUCAAGAAGAAAGUUGAAAUAGUUGGGGGGAAAAAAGCUGUAAUUUUACCAAAAGAAAGUCAGAAUAUUGAGAGAAAAAAGUGGUAUUCUAACAAGGAAAAAAGCCACAAUUUUAUGUAAAUAAACUCCAAAUAUUAUGAGGAAAAAUAAUAUGAUUUGAAUAGCAUAGAGUUGAACUAUUAAAGGAAAAAAAGGUUUUAUGAAAGUCAUCAUAUGAGAAAUAAAGUUGGAAUUUUUGGGAAAAUUAGUUUACAGAAAAAGUCCAAAUAUUAUGGCAAUAAAGUCAGAAUGACAAGAGAAAAAUUUACAAAAAUACAUUUACAUUUAAAAAAAUAUUUAAAAAAAUGAAAAAGCUGUAAUUUUACGAGAAUAAAGUUAAAAUAUUUAGAGAAGCGACGUAUUCCAACCAGAAAAAAAGUUCACAUUUUAAGAGAAUAUAAUCUCAACAUAUUAACAUAUGUUUAAUAUUGCUUUUAUUAUUAACAUAUUAAAGGGAAAAAAUGUUUUUUUUUUGAUGAAGGUCAUAAUAUUAUGAGAAACAAACAAAACAACAAAGAUGUAAUUUUUGUCAAAUUUGGUUGCAGGAAAAGUUCUAAUGUUACGGGAAUAAAGGCAAAAUAUUAUGGCAAUAAAGUCAUAAUUAGGCAGAAAAGAACAUCGACAAGAAGAACGUUGAAAUAGUUGGAAAAAAGAAGAAAAGGAAAAAAAACAGCUGUCAUAAAACUCAUAAUAUUAUGAGGGGAAAUAAUAUCAUUUUAGUGGCAUAGAGUUGGAAUAUUAAAGGAAAAAAAUGUUUUGUAUGAAAGUCACAAUAUGUCAAACAAAACAAAAUAAUGUUGUAAUUUUUGUAAAAUGAGGUUGCGGAAAAAGUUAUGAUGUUACGAGAAGUCCAAAUCUUAAGAAAAAAAUUUCAAGUCGAACAAGAAAAAAUGUAGCAAUUUUACAAGAAUAAAUUAGUAAUUAUUAUUAUUAAUUAUUAUUAAUUAUUAAUUAUUAAUAUUAUGAGGAAAAAUGAUGUCAUUUUAGUAGCAUAGAGUGGAAAUAUUAAAGGAAAAAACACUUAAAAAAAAGUUGUACUAUUAUGCAAAACAAAAGGAAAUAAAGUUGUUAUUGUUGGAAAAUUAGCUUGGGAGAAAAGUUAUAUUAUGUGAAUAAAGCCAUAAUUUAUUAUGAUUUAAUUAAUGUAUUAUUUAAUUUAUUAUUUAACAAGUCAGUUGAAAUAUUGGAAAAUUAAAAAAAAAAAAAACAGCAGCAAAAAUGGGAAAAAGAGCAAAGAGUGAAGCUGAUAUUAAUAAGAGUCUUAUUCACCUAUUUGACAAAGCUGAGCUGCAUUGAAAUAUAUUUACAACUUCUUAGCUUAUCUUUACAGAAUGUCCAAAUGGAAAAGUCGCAUCCUGUCAUUUUUUACGAUGUGGCCCUCGCCGAAAAAGAAAUGUGGACACCCCUGCUUUAAGUGUCCCUCGCAGUAUCACGGUUUGAAAAUCGCUCCCUCACGAUAUAGAAGGUUUUCAAAAAAUAAUGAAUGAAUAAAUGAUGGCUGUUUCAUGGCUGACCGAGUCUGUUAUUACUCCAAAAAUAGCGAAAGCCAAGUUGUAUGUCGUGUUGUGGUCACCAGGCAUCAGUCAUGUUAUGAUGACCUUUCACACUGCAUGGA